UUUAUUUACAAUCUAGCAUUCGGCUGAUAUAGCUCGACCGACACAGUACAGCUGACUGCUGUUCGCUCAGGUAGAAAAAAAAAUUGGACCAGCAAAAGUGCAAUUUUAGUUUUAUAUUGAGUGCAUGCAUCUGUGAUUGAACCUAAAUAUGUCCUGAGAUGGUAUUUCGAAUCUCUCGUUCAGUAUGUGUAUAUAGGAAGUUUUAAUAAAUCAAUCAAAAAUUGUACGACGCACGACGAAAGGGAAACCAGGAAAAAGCUAAAAAUGGGAAGAAAUAUUCUGGCAAGCAGUUUGCAAAAUGCAUCCUUCAGCAUCGUAUUUCAGUUUAUUCUAUAAAUUCCAGAUAUUCUGCCGGUGUAUCACAUUUGCGAUAAAUGCAUUCAUCGUGAGAAGUGUCGGUCGAGAUGUGCUGGGAAUCACCAACGUUCGAUUGCUCCUGCUGGAAAGCACACUGCUAUUUCUGUCCAAAGAGGCAAUAACCAGGGCCGCCUUGAGCUCUAGGCACAACAAACUUUGCACAUGGGCUCAGUUGAUUAACCAGUUGUGGAUCACGGUCCCGAUAUGUUUGGUUCUGUCGAUGCCGUGUCUCUACAUCUGGCUCAACUGGUUAUCGACAGUGGAUGAGCAGUACUACGUCCAGUAUCGUUUUGGCUGUUUUGCAAUUGCAUUCGCAUGCAUCAUAGAACUAACUGCGGAGGCUCCCAUCUUUGUGUCGCAGGUGUUCUGCUUCGUAAAGCUUAAGGUGGUGAUGGACACCGGCCAUAUCUUCAUCCGUUCGUUUGUCUUCAUAGUGCUGGUCCUGCUAAACAAAAGCAUAACCAUCUAUGCGUUUGGAAUUGCACAAAUCAUCAGUGCCGUCACGAUCAUCGUGGGUAACUAUGCGUUCUUCCAUCUGUACAUACCGCGGUUGAAGCAGUACCGCAACGAGAUGAAACGGGUAGACGACAAGUACGAGCUGCGAAAGACGUUCGGGAAGUAUUACGAAAAUAUGGAAGAUUUCCCGUUUUCGUCCGUGAGGGAAAUGCUGCCCGGAGCUCUUCCCAAUUCGGGCUCCACUUUCAACACCGAUCUCCAGAAGCUGGUCCUCAGCUUUGCCAAGCAGGGUAUACUCAAGCAGGUCCUAACGGAGGGCGAGAAGUACGUUAUGUCGGUCAGUCCCGUGUUGACCUUCAGUGAGCAGGCCACGUACGAUGUUGUCAACAAUAUGGGUAGCCUGGCCGCCCGAUUCAUCUUCCGGCCCAUCGAGGAUAGCAGCUAUUUCUACUUUACGCAGACGAUAGCUCGAGAUUUGAAACUUGUGGAUCAGAAGCGCGAGAAGGUGAACGAAGCUUGCCAGGUGUUGUCGUAUGUUUGCAAGACGGUUACGUCUAUCGGGCUGGUUGGAUUUGUGUUCGGGCAGAGCUAUGCCGGUACGUUGUUACUGUUGUACGGAGGAUCGGAAUUCGUCGAAGGCGGUCUUCCGGAACUGUUGCUCCGAUGGCACUGCUUGGCGAUUGUGCUUUUGGCUAUGAAUGGUAUUACCGAGGGAUACAUGUUUGCAACGAACACCUCCAAGCAGAUCGAUACCUACAACUACUACAUGGCGUUUUUCUCAGUGGCCUUCCUGCUUUUGUCCUAUCAGCUGACGAACUGGUUGGGCCCAGUCGGGUUCGUGCUGGCCAAUGUUUGCAACAUGAGUUUUCGCAUUAGUUACAGUUUGUACUACAUCCGGAAUCAGUACAAAGACAUCGGACGGAGUCCGCUGCGGAGCUUCCUGCCGGGACCACUGUUUAUAACUGUGCUGGCACUCGGUGGUUUUGCUUGCAAAAUCAGUGAGUCUUACUUCUUUGGACGAUCAAUUUUUUAUCACCUUUUGGUAGGCGUGCUGUGCACCGGGCUGACACUGCUCACGUGGAGCUUUGAAAAUCGCGAACUUUUGCGAGCCGGUCUGACGAAGUACCGUGAACGGAAGUUGAGCUUGACGAGUGAAUCGAAUUUAAUAAAUUGAAUGAAUUUACUACCUA